AUGUACCACACGGGCAAAAAAUCGCCUUGCCACCUGCGCGUGCCCACCUUGCUCGCCGGCUCGGGGACCGCAACCCCUGAAGCUGCCAUGAAUAUUUGCGGACACCUGGGAAAGGCUUGGUACGAUGGGUCCUCCACGGCGAAAAAGUCUCUUGAUUAG